AACCUGCAAGAACAAAAUAACUUCUUCAGAAUCUCCUUCCUCAUCAAUCUAGUCAAAGUAUUUCAUCUGAGGUUCUAACUGUAGGUCAUGAAAAUGACGGAAUUCUCUUCUUUUUCUCUGUUUUUCCUCAUGGCUGGGGCUUAUAUGACUCAAGAGUGUUUCAACAUGGAAAUUAUUGGAGGCAGACAAGUGCAGCCUCACUCCAGGCCAUUUAUGGCUUCCAUCCAGUACAAUGGCAAACACGUUUGUGGCGGAGUUCUGAUUCACCCACAGUGGGUGACAGCAGCCCACUGCCAUCCUCGGCUUGCUAAAGACCAGUCUCACGCAGUGGUUUUAGGAGCACAUUCCCUCUCAAAAAAUGAGCCCUCCAAACAAACAUUUGAGAUUAAAAAAUUCAUACCAUUCUCAAGACUUCUACCAGAUUCUAGAUUAGAUGAUAUCAUGCUGAUAAAGCUUCACACAGCCGCCAAACUCAACAAGCAAGUCCAACUGCUCCAACUGAGAUCUAAAAACUACCUUAGAGAUGGAACCAAAUGCCAGGUUACUGGCUGGGGAGCCACUGACACAGCUUUACCAACCAACUCUGACACCCUGCAAGAAGUCACUGUUACUGUCAUAAGUCGAAAAGUUUGCAACAGCCAUAGCUAUUACAACCACAACCCUGUUAUAACCAAAGACAUGAUAUGUGCAGGAGAUGCCAGAGGCCAGAAGGAUUCCUGCCAGGGCGACUCAGGUGGCCCCUUGGUCUGCAAAGGUGUCUUCCAUGCCAUAGUCUCUGGGGGUCAUAAAUGUGGUGUUGCCAAGAAGCCUGGAGUCUACAUCCUAUUAACCAAAAAAUACCAAACUUGGAUCAAAAGUAAGCUUGGCCCAUCUUGCACACAUUAAGAUGGCAAAUGAUUUUCUUGGAUCUGCCAGUUACUUCUUUUUUCAAUGAUAUGCUUACAGAUGUAGUUGGAUAUAGGUGAAGCAGAACAUAGUUGGGAUAAAUUUCUGUACCCUGGAAAUUUAUUUUGUUAAGGAACCAAGUUCUUUUUCACAUGUCACUGAUGCAUUUUUAUC